AGAGCUUUGUUUCAUCUCCACUCUUUCAGAACAAUAUUUUAUCUGGUCACUUGCUCUGUGAUGAAACCCUUUUGAAAGAGUGGACCAGAUAAAGUGAAAUGAGACUUGCAUAUUUUAAAAUGCUCAUGUAGGUGUCGUCUUGUCCUGGGGGUUAUUUUUAUAUCUGCGGCUGUCAUUGAUGGUAUAUUCUAACGGUUUAAAAUCUGAAGCAUUUUCUAAACCACUUUCCAAAAUUCAUAACUAUCUUUAUUCUGCUGUGUUAGCUGAAAUGUAACCAUUAUGUUAGCUGUGUCUCUACAGAAGGGGAAAAAUCAGAGUGGGAGUGUUUGAGACAUAGGAAGCAGUGACAAUAUUCUUCAAGUUUAUCAUCAUUUGAGAGUGGUUAAGACAGGGAUAAAGGGAACAAUCUGACAGCAAAUUGUUAUGCAUACUGAUGUUUUCAUAACGGUAGUCUUGAAGUAUUCUAUUUUUGGGAAAGCUAUUGGGACAUCUAAUGGCUGUGCAUUAAUCUCCUGUGUCAUUGCCACACUUAAAUUAAAAUUGCAGUACUCACAGGGGACUCAACCAAGCUCCAUUGCAGAGGUAAGGGCAUCUCAGUCAAGCCCUUGUGUACUGUACAUUAAACGACGGGUCAUACUACUACAGAGUUCAGAAACAUAUGCAAAAUAAAUAUUUAUCAAUGAAAGCAAACGACCGUCCUCUCAAUUUAGUUUGUGCACUACAGUAUUCGGAAGUUGGUCUGCAGCUGGGGUUCUAACCGAGACAAAGAUGAACAGAUAAACUGUGGAAAUAGACAACUGUGGCAAUGGGUGGUUGCGUUCCACUGUUUCACAGCUCCGAAGUACCAAGUGCAGUAUAGCAACGAUGGCACGCUACAGCCGAGUCGCGUUUUUCGGGAGCAGGAACUAUAGACCACUGCUGGAUUUCAGUUAACGCCGCAAGCAAAACCUCGUUUCUCAAUUGUGAAGAAACUACAGACACCUUGCGCAAAAAAAAAACGUUAACACUCAGAACAUGUAAAAGAGGUGAGAGGGGGUAGGUAGCAGAUCCCCUAGAUAUGCAAUGAAGUAAGGUUUGGACACAUUUUGAAACAUAUCCAACAGACCAAUGCAAAUAGCAACAUGUUACAAUUGAGAAUUUUCCGGACUGCAUUUGGAAUUUGAUGAUACUGUGGGUAUCGUUUGUCUCUAGCUCUGACCUCAUUAUUAUUUCCACGAAAAUAGUUAAAUAUUAAUUGCUUUUCUGUGUUUUUGAAUGUAUCGUAUUACAUCAUUAGUAUAUUAGCAAUAGAUUCGUUACAAAAACGACGUUUUUUACAUUUCUCUUAUACGAGCUACGUCCUAGACUCAUUCAUCGCAGGAUUAUAGUGUCGUGCAGGGGACGUCGGCAGUAGCGCCUCGCUUCACAGGGGCGAACUGGUUCCCAUUACAGUUGAUGUAAUCAAGGCUCGAUUUCUGUAAGAGCCGCACUCGGCGAGCGGCGGUUUUCUCGCUCAGCCUCCAAGGCAGCUUUCCUAAGGCGGCGUGCGGAGAAGGCGGGGCUCGCUCGUCUUUCCUGGGCUAAAGAUGCACCGGCCUUCCUCCGUGGUGCUCCGCGUGAUGUCCCAGCGCAGUCGGUAAGCUGGACCGAAUGUGCGCCCGCUUGUCAGGUCGGAGCUGCCAGAAAGAGCCGUCGGCUCAGUCCCGUGGGAGCGAGGCCCAGCUGCUGAGUGCGUUGGAGACCCCAGUGGCCCAAACCAGACCUCUGCUGGGUAGCAGUAACGAUGAGGGCUGUGGUCGCCGUGGCCUGCAAUCUGUUGUUCAUCCUGGCCGACAUCAUGGUCACCACCCUCUUGUACAUUCGUGGGACCAGGAUAAGCCUGUUCAUGGAGGACUUGGGUAACUUCGACCUGUUCUGUUCUACGGUCGACUUGUGGGUGACCCUCCUAGUUCGGGUCACCUUGCUGCUGGGGGCUGCUAUCGGCGUGUCGAGGAACGUUACGGAGGGCCCCCGGAGGGUGGCAGACUCCCAGAACCUGGCCGUCAUCUUGUGCCUGGUGGUCAUGGUGUACGCCGUCACCAAGCUCCUGCUCUUUUCGGAGCACGAGGCCUCGCUGACGCACAGCCCCUGGUUUCUGAGCCUGUUCUCGUGGACCUGCGCCUCCUCGCUGGGGACGGUGCUUCUGUGGAAGCUGCUCGCCAGAGUCAGGCCGCCCAGGCCGUCUCUGAAGAUCAACGCGGGCAGCGAGGACUCAGGAGACAGGGCGCCGGUGCUGGGCCCGGAGGACUGCAGCGGCGACGAGUGCGAGGAGGAGGGUGAAAAGUGCAGUGACAAGAGGAAGGGAGAGUCUCGUUCCACAGCGACAGUGAGCCAACUCCUGGCCUACUGCAGGAAGGAUGCUGGUCUGCUGGGGGUCGCCUUCUUAUUCCUCCUCAUCUCUGCUUUGUGUGAAGCCUUCAUCCCUUAUUACACUGGACAGGCGAUUGAUGGGAUUGUUAUUCAUAAGAGCAUGGCAGACUUCACCAAACCCAUAAUCUAUUUGACAGUCUUUGCACUUGUAAGCUCCAUUGCAAUGGGAGUUCGAGGUGGCGUUUUUUCCUUGACUUUUGCCAGACUGAAUGUGAGAUUACGUAACCUGCUCUUCAGGUCGCUGGUCCACCAGGAGAUUGGAUUCUUUGACGAAAAUCACACAGGCGACAUCACCUCUCGGCUGACCUCGGACACGACGCAGGUGAGCGACCUCAUCUCGGAGAACGUCAACCUGUUCCUGCGCAGCCUGGUCAAGGGCGUGGGUUACUGCAUCUUCAUGUUCGGCAUGUCCUGGAAGCUCUCCCUGGUCACCCUAAUGGGGUUCCCCUUCAUUGCCAUUGUUUCCAAGUUCUAUGGGGAAUACUACAAGAAACUCGCCAAGGAGGUGCAGAACUCUCUCGCCCAGGCCAACAAGGUUGCGGAGGAGACGAUCUCAUCCAUGAAGACGGUCAGGAGCUUUGCCAACGAGGAUGCGGAGGCCGACAACUAUUUUGCGAAGCUUCAGGAGAUGUUCCAGUUGAACAAGAGGCAGGCUGUGGCCUACGCCUGUUACAUGUGGUGCAGCUGUAUCUCAGAGCUGGCCAUGCAGGUCAGUAUUCUUUACUAUGGAGGACAUUUGGUGGUGUCUGGGCAGAUGACUGGUGGAACCCUGAUUUCCUUUGUCAUCUAUGAGCUGGAGUUAGGAGAGUGUUUGGAGGACAUUGCGUCGGUGUACACGGGGUUAAUGCAAGGAGUGGGGGCUGCGGAGAAGGUCUUCGAGUUUAUAGACCGGAAGCCCAAACUGUCGCACAAUGGGCAGCUGGCUCCAGACACUUGCAAAGGACUAGUGGAGUUCAAGAAUGUAACGUUCUCCUACCCCACACGUCCUGACACACCGAUACUAAAGGAUGUAUCCUUCACGCUGAGGCCUGGCGAGGUCACUGCACUGGUGGGGCCCUCAGGCAGUGGGAAGAGCUCCUGUGUCAGUCUGCUGGAGAACUUCUACCGGCCCCAGCAGGGCGAGGUGUUCCUGGAUGGCCACCCUGUCCAGGAAUACCAGCACAGCUACUUGCAUGCCAGGGUGUCUCUGGUGGGGCAGGAGCCUGUGCUGUUCGCCCGCUCGGUCCAGAACAAUAUCACCUAUGGUCUGACUGACUGCUCUAUGGAUGCAGUUGUCCAGGCAGCUAUAAAAGCCAAUGCCCACGAGUUCGUGACUCAGUUGCCAAAUGGCUACAAUACAGGGGUCGGGGAGAAGGGUGCCCAGCUCUCCGGCGGUCAGAAGCAGAGAGUGGCCAUCGCUCGCGCCCUGAUCCGGAAUCCCCACGUGCUCAUCCUGGACGAGGCCACCAGCGCCCUGGACGCGGAGAGCGAAUACAUCGUUCAGCAGGCUCUGAACACUAUCAUGCACAGACACACCGUCCUGGUGAUUGCGCACCGCCUGAGCACAGUGGAGAAGGCGGGCAACAUCAUUGUGAUCGACAAGGGCUGGGUGGUAGAGCAAGGCUCCCACAAGGAGUUAAUGGCAAUGGGGGGCCUCUAUUCCAAACUGGUCCAGAGGCAGGUGCUGGGGAUAGAGACGGGAGCCGAUGUUCUGAACCCCCCAAAGAACAGUAUGUGGCACCUGGGAAAAUCAAAACUGAGAAAAGAGGAGAGCAGCGAUUCUGAGGAAGACUUCCGUUUGUGACGAGGUUGACCAUCAGAAAUCUGGUGCUAUAGAACUAGGACAUACUGUACUGUGUUUAGUGGUAUUAUUAUUAUUAUUAUUAUUAUUAUUAUUAUUGUAUAAAACAUGAAUCCUUUCCCUAAUACUUUUGCUUUGUGGUAAAGUCAUUGUAUCUGGUCCUACCUGCCUCACUUAAAUAAUAUACAAACUUUCACAGAGGAGGAAGGUGAUAAAAAAGCAACCAUUUUGCUCCUGUCAGAUUGUGUGUGCUUCAUUCUGAACUGAGUAGCUUUCUUACAAAAGAAAUAUGCAGAUAUACUGGUGAAGUGGGGGGUGACUUCAGGACAAUAACCGAAAAACAAGGUUUCGCAUAUUUUAAAUUUCUAAGUUCCACUUACCAAUUUCUAAACAAGGAGCCAUGUUAUCUGCACAUCUGCUGCCCAGACUGUGCGCCUGGAGUUUUAGACUUUAACCUGUGAAUCAUUCUUGACACUUCUACAGGUGUGAGAUGUCAUGCUUCCCUACCUGACUGUACGCUGUCCCAGAUAAGUCCCCUUCUCUCGCUAUGGUUGUACAAUGUCUUUGCAACUUUGACGGCCCAAAAUAAUACAGUCCCUGGUCCAAAGAUACCCCUUCACCUUUGCAAGAGACCAGUGGGUGGUAGCUGCUAUGUUAACAAUAAAAAUGAAGCGUAUAGCACACAAGUAGCACUAAAAUAACACACCAGAGUGCAAGUUCCAAGACGUUUAAAUUCUAAACAUUUUUUGUACUAGUUUCAGGGAAAAUAGAUGCAUCUCAAUUUUAGUGGGUCAAGCAAGUUUAUCUGACUUUAUCUUAAAGUCUAUGAAAUCUAGAAAACACUGUAAAGCUUUUCCAAUAUGCAUCAUGUGAAUACACAGGGCAGACCUUAAUAUGUUUAUAAUAAAUAAUAAAAAUAUAUUGAGUUGACUAUUCCUCUAUGAA